AUGCCUGAAGAACUCGGUAAAAACUAUCCGUGCUUUGGCGAAUAUAGAUGUUCUCGUUGUGGAAGAAAAUGGCAAAGUGCCAAAGCUUGGGCUGAUUAUGGACAACAGUGUCAAAACUGCGUAAUUCCUGUAAAUGCAUUCAAUCUUCAAAGAUUGUUCGUUUACAUUUGCGACAGAUGUAAUGCAAAAUGGAAGUGGGCCCAUAUUGAACAAGGAAUGAAGUGCAGACAGUGCUCUUCGUCAAGAUUUAUUCGUCCAUUGGAUCCAGGGAAGUAUGAAGAUCGUCGAUAUAUUCAAGCUCAUCGACUUCAAGAGCUCAGCGAUGUAGAAGAUGAUGAAAAUCAUAUAGAUCCUAGUAGAGAACAUCGACAGGAUCUAUGCGAAAAAUGUAGACGAUUAGGUCGACCGUGUCGCGAAACAGCAGGUCAAAAUGAUAUAUUGGCAAGUACUCGACUUCGUCAACGAAAUGUAUUAUCUGCAAUUCCAACUCAACAGUUCGUAUCAGCAGGAUCAUAUCGACCUUAUGAAUCUUCGAACACGUCGCGUUCAACAUCGUCUAGAACACCUUUGUCGACGUCUGUCGAGGGACCAGAGUCAUCUGACGGUGGCGCAUUCGUCUGUUUAAUAAUACUGUUGAUAUUUGGAAUUUUUGUGUGGUAUAUUAUCAAGAGUUAA